AUGUCAUCCAAUUCAGCGUCAUCAUCGUCACCUGACCCACCACAUCCGAAAAAUCUAACAAUUUCCACUCCAAGGACAACCGCAUUCGCUUCAAUCAUCUGGCCCACCGGCUCAGCUGCUCGAAGAACAGAGGCCGAAAUUGAUCAAGCCCACAAAUCUCUCAGACGACUCAUCCUUACCGACCCGUAUGACGAGACAGAAGCAACCCAACUGAGGGCGAGCACCUGGAAAAUCUUACUCGGCUCGCUGGAAUGUCCUGCGGCUUACUAUUUCGACCUCGCCUCCAGACCCCAAUCUACUUGGUAUCCUAAAAUACGAAACGACACCUUCAGGACUCUGGCUACCGAUAGCACCUUCAAACAACGCGUACAUGAAGACAUGCUCGUCAGGUUACUGGAAAGCUUUGUGUGGAGAUCACAUGAUUUGUCUGAAAACCCGUUAGACGCGACUGAGCGACCAUACGACUUUACUUACGUCCAAGGCAUGAACGUCCUAGCAGCCCCGUUCCUAUACACCAUGCCAUCGGAGUUGGAGGCCUUCUAUGCUUUCACGAGGUUCAUCGAGUUUCACUGUCCACUCUAUGUUCAACCUACACUAGAGGGUGUACAUCGAGGCUUGAAGCUGCUGGACGAAUGCCUCAAGAUUGUGGAUAGAGAGUUAUUCGAUUACUUGCGAUCUAAAAACCUAGCUGCUGAAAUUUACGCUUUUCCUUCCGUCUUGACAUUUUGCGCGUGUACUGAGCCUCUCGACCAAGUAUUACAACUGUGGGAUUACUUGUUGGCUUUUGGCGUUGGGCUAAAUGUUCUAUGUGUCAUUUCUCAACUAUACAUGAUGAGGGAUCGAGUCUUAGCUCAUCCAUCACCAAUGGCACUCUUGAGAAAGUUUCCAACCCUAGAAGCCCGAGAAGUAAUCAUGUUAACCAAUGUAUUUAUUCGAGACAUCCCCAAGUCGUUGUAUGAUAAGAUUUUGGUCUCUUUUCGCCCAGCAUGA